AUGUCGAUCAAUUCAUCACAUAUCUCAGUACAAGUUGGUCCAUAUUAUGAGGGAGAAGGAGCUUGGAAUUUAAGUUUGAAGGCUCUUGUCAAUAAGCAAGCUGCAAUAUAACAAUUAGAGUAGCUACAAAAGUAAACAGGUGGCAAUUUGGAUACAGAAUGGGGCUUCGUGUUGGCUUUCAAGACAAUUGAUGGAAAGGCUUAAGAAUUGUAGAAAUAUCUGAAUGACAAAAUCUAACCAAUGAUUGAGGCAGAGGAUAUUUUAAUCAAGACUCACAGUGAUGGAACAACCUUGUGGUUAUCAUUUUAAUUGAAGCCUGAAUAGAUGGAAGAAAUCAAGGAAGGAUUCAAUAUGGUCUUUGCUCAAGGUUUAGAAGAAUUUGCAGAGAAGAACGAGAAUUCAAUAUAAUUGCUAUUGUCAUCAAAUACAGAUUUCACAUUUGCAAGUGAACUACUCAAGAAAGGUGAUAGACUGAUGUCAGUCGUUAUGAAGAGUUUAAAAUUCGUUCUGAAAUUGGAUCUUGCUUAAGAUCUUGUAUAAGCUGUGACAAAUGUAAUUGAGAAUUUUGAGCCUGGUAUUGCCAAUAAGCCUCCAUUCCCUUUACUUUUGAAAUUUAAGAAUUUCAAAGUGGAUUUGGAAUUUAAGAGUUCUGAUGAUUGUCCUGAAUUCAUUAGGUAAAAUGGAUUCUUUGGAAAGUCGAUUUAGAAAUGGAUUUAAGAUGGAGAUGUUGCUGUACAAGAUGAAUUUGGAAUAGCCAUCCUUAAAUAAAUUCAAGAGAACAUGCCAAAUUUGGAGACUGACUUCUAUUUUACAAUACCAAAUUUCUUGGCUCUUAGUGGAAAUGCUAAAUUGCCAGGUGUUGCUCAAUUCUUAUUGGAGUAUGGAAACAUCGUCGAUAAACUGUGAUAUCAUUAGGAUAUUAUUAUUGUUAAAAUAUAACAUAAUUAA